AUGGGUGCUAAGCAGUCCAAGGAGUUUGCCAACGAGGAGCCGAGGAGGACAAUGAGGAGGAAUGGGGGAGGCAGGGAGGAGAGCUUGUGCUCGGCGGAGAGGAUUCGCAAGCAUGCCACCACCCACUUUGGGUACAGCACCCUGAGCCUGGCCAUGUGGGGCCUGGCCGAAGCACCAGAGGAGCUGUGGCAGCUGCGUGAGUUGGAGAAGCUCAACAUCUCCCUCAACUGCCUGUCAGCCCUGCCCCCGGGCGUGGGCGCCCUGGAGAACCUGGUGGUGCUCAACCUGUGGGGGAACCAGCUGGCCAGCCUGCCCCCUGAGAUCGGCCGUCUGCGGAACCUGCGGGUGCUCUUCGCCUGCCGCAACCGCCUGAGUGAGGUGCCUGAGGAGCUGGGUUCCUGCUCCAAGCUGGAGGUGCUCAGCCUCUCCAACAACCAGAUCAGCAGCCUGCCAGGCAGCCUGGCCGGCCUGCGCCGACUCACCAAGCUCAACCUCAGCCACAACCGCGUCGCCCACAUCCCCACCUGUGUCUACGGCAUGAGGGGCCUGGUCUUCCUGCACCUGGCCUGCAACCGGCUGGAGAAUAUUGCCGACCAGAUCCAGGACCUAGUCAACCUCAAAAUCCUCAUUGUGGAGGGAAACCGCAUCCACGCCCUGCCCAAGACCCUCUGCUCGCUCACCUCGCUGGAGCUGCUCAAUGUGGACUUCAACCAGCUGCAGAGCGUGCCCGUGGAGAUGUACCUGCUGCGGAGGCUGGAGAAGCUGGCCAGCCACCCCCUGGACAAGGGCCUGCACAUCGUGCACAACCCCCUGCUGAAGCCCAUCAAGGAGGUCUUACACGGGGGGCUCACUGCUCUCUACAAUUACCUGAAGCCAGCAUGA